AUGUGUUCUAUUGAAGAGGAGAUCCAAACGGGCGACGCUGAAACCCCGAGUAUCCGCAGCCGACGCCGGCUUGUUGUGGAAGGUCUAUGUCACAAAUGCAAACAAUCACCACCAGUAGUGGAUAUGAAGCGGGUCAUGUACUGCAAGACCUGUUUCAAAGAAAGUGUUGUUUACCGCUUCAGAGGUAACCUUAUGCGAGCGACGAAAAUAGCUGACGGAGCAAAAGCGCUCGUCGCAUUUUCUGGAGGAGCGUCUUCUAGAUUACUGCUGCACCUACUAUCGGAAUUCCACGAACCAGAUCCCUCCAAUCUGCGCAAGAAACGGAAGUUCUCUGACGUCCUGAUUUGUCAUGUAGAUCAGAGUGCCGUACUAGGAGGUGAAGAUAAGGAGGCCGAAGUGCGAAGAAUUGGCGAAAAGUCUGGCUUCCCUUACUUGCAUAUUCCUCUGGAGAGUAUAUUUAGCAAUGAUGAUGGAUCUGAUGGGGGGGCUCUUGUACCGGUCGGAUUCGACUUGGCAGACACAGUCACGCUCAAGAUGGUACAUCGGGUUACAUCGACGCUCUCACCCGUCGCGCGGCUCCGGAGAAGUAUUCAUGGUCUUGGAAAGAUGACCGCAAAGGAAGAUCUACUACAUCAUUUUACUAUGCGGGCACUUUUGAAUACGGCACGGAAGGAAGGAUGUAAUGUCCUAAUCUUGGGGGAUAAUGCAACGAGAAUGGCUAUAAGGAUAUUAGCUUUAACCAGUAAAGGUGGAGGAUUUGGCUUGCCAAUCGAGGUUGCUGGAGAUACGGACUGGUUCGAAGGACUGGUUGUUGCCCGACCGCUUCGAGACGUACUUUCUAAGGAAGUUGCUGUCUACAACCAGUAUACUGAUCUAGAUACCGUGGUGAUGCCGGCGUUGACCACGGCGAUGCCUGCUAAAUCUAGUAUUGAUAGGAUGACUGAAGAAUUUCUUGUUGGGCUGCAGCGAGACUUUCCAAUGACAGUGAACACGGUCGUUCGUACUGCGGCCAAAGUUACAUCUGAGCAUCGGGCGAAAACAGUAAUGAGGUGUCCGAUGUGCGGAGGGCCAAUACAGGACGGUACAAAUGACUGGCGAUCCGGACAUACUGUCUCACAACUAUUGAGCCAUGCGCCAAGCAGUGACACCACCUCUGAGGCAUUGUCAAGUACAUCAAAUACACACCCCUGCUCAACAUCAUGCGCCUGUGCACCAACCGUGAACCCCGAAUCCACAUCGACAUCCUGUUGCACGCCCGCAGACCAGCCGAUCAAUAUCAUACCGUACCUUUGCUAUCCGUGCCAAAAUAUAUGUCGUGACGCACAAGAAUUUGGAGCUACAGCGGCAAAGAAAGGAAUCGAUGAUGCUACUGUUAUACUACCAGCUUAUGUCGGGGAGGAGAUCACUAUGCGAAAAGGUCGGGAGUGGAUGAAGAAGGAGAUUGAAGAGUUUUUAAUAGAUGAAGAGGACUAACGCUUUCAAGUGGGUUAUGGAGCGGGUCUGAUUUUUUCGUGCAGUAAAGCUAUAGACAGUGUACAUAUCAUCAAAUCAUAUUGUGAGGUCACACAUA